AUGAGCUCAGACCAAUGCUCAGCGUGUGGCUGGACCACUAACCUCCAGAAAAAUCGCAAUUACCAAAGCUCCGUUAAACAGUUCCAUGCAACAGGCGAUCGAGGCGUCUGGUCGAUCGGCUCAGAGUUGAUAUUGAGAGAAAAAGGCCCUAACCUUCCGACCUUCGAGGCACCAAAUAUCCAAUUUGUGCAGGAACAUACAUCUAUUCCGGUUCCUACCGUUGUCAAAUCGUGGGAAGAGGAAGACAAACAUACCCUGAUAUUAACGCAACGCAUCCUCGGCGAACCUCUCAGCGAAGCUUGGCCGAGGCUUUCCGCAGAUGAAAAAAAGAGGAUAGCAAAGCAGACCGCCGAAUAUCUGGAACAGCUUCGCAAGCUCCAGUCUGAUAAUAUUCAAUGCCUCGAUGGCCGUCCUGUUUUAUCGAACUUCCUGUUCAAAGAUCCGGUUUCUAACACUCCUCAUGGUCCUCUGGUAUCUGAUGAUGAUCUUUGGGAUGAUAUGGACCGUGGAUUAAAAGAGACCAUCCCCGAAGCUGCACGAAAACAACUUCGACGCUGCAUGCCUCCCGCUACGCCUUACACCUUUACGCACGGAGACCUCACUAACGUGAAUAUCAUGGUUGAAAACGGCUCCCUUACUAGCAUAAUUGAUUGGAAGACGUCUGGAUACUUUCCAGUGUGGUGGGAAUAUGUGUGUAGCUCGAUUCCUGAUAGUAAGGAGGACAAGGAGUGGAAGGCUUUGUUGCGAAAAUAG